CCCGCCGCCGACCCGAGCGGCAGCCGGGAGCGGAGCGGGCGCGACGCGGAUCUGCAGAAGCCCCUCUCCUCUUCCUCCUCCUCCUCGCCCUCCGCCCGGCAGCAUGGCCCGGUGCGAAGCGGCGGCCGCCCCCGGGCUCUGCCUGCUGCUGCUGCUGCUCCGCAGUGGGGGGCUCUUCCCCCCCGCCGCCGCGCAGCCGCCGCCGCAGCGCGGGAGCGUGUGGUGCCCCAGCCGCUGCCUCUGCUUCCGCACCACGGUGCGCUGCAUGCAUCUGAUGCUGGAGAGCGUCCCCGCCGUGUCCCCCCAGACCACCAUCCUAGACUUAAGAUUUAAUAGGAUUAAAGAAAUCCAGCCUGGAGAGUUUAGACGGCUUAAAAACCUGAACACACUGCUUCUAAACAACAAUCAAAUCAAAAGAAUUCCUAGUGGGGCAUUUGAAGAUCUUGAAAAUCUGAAAUAUCUCUAUUUGUACAAGAAUGAAAUCCAGUCAAUUGACAGGCAAGCAUUUAAAGGACUUGCCUCUCUAGAACAACUGUAUCUGCACUUUAAUCAAAUAGAAACGUUGGAACCUGAAUCCUUUACUCAUCUUCCAAAACUUGAAAGGCUGUUUUUGCAUAACAACAGAAUAGCUCAUUUGAUUCCUGGAACAUUUAGUCACUUAGAAUCUAUGAAGAGACUGCGCUUGGACUCCAACGCUCUCCACUGCGACUGCGAGAUCCUGUGGCUGGCGGAGCUGCUGAAGACGUACGCGGAGUCGGGUAACGCUCAGGCAGCUGCGACCUGCGAGUACCCGCGCAGGAUCCAGGGGAGAUCGGUGGCCACCAUAACACCGGAGGAAUUGAACUGUGAGAGGCCAAGAAUUACAUCAGAACCUCAGGAUGUGGACGUUACCUCAGGGAAUACAGUGUACUUCACUUGCAGGGCUGAAGGCAAUCCUAAACCAGAAAUUAUCUGGCUUCGAAACAAUAAUGAGCUCAGUAUGAAAGAAGAUUCCCGUCUGAAUUUGCUAGAUGAUGGCACAUUGAUGAUUCAGAAUACUCAAGAAACAGACCAAGGCAUUUACCAAUGUAUGGCAAAAAAUGUGGCUGGAGAAGUGAAAACUCAGGAAGUUACUCUUAGAUACUUUGAGUCACCAGCCAGGCCAAGUUUCGUGAUUCACCCCCAAAACACCGAAGUGCUGGUUGGAGAGAGCGUGACCUUGGAGUGCAGUGCAACCGGGCACCCUCAGCCACGAAUUACCUGGACCAAAGGCGACAGAACCCCUCUGCCAAAUGACCCUCGUGUCACCAUAACUUCGUCAGGAGGACUUUACAUACAAAAUGUAAAGCAGGAGGACAGUGGCGAGUACACCUGUUUUGCAACUAACACCAUAGAUAACAUCCACGCCACUGCAUACAUCAUAGUCCAAGCUCUACCUCAGUUUACUGUCACUCCACAAGACAAAACAGUGAUCGAGGGACAAACUGUUGACUUCCCUUGUGAAGCACAAGGUUAUCCCCAGCCUGUUAUUGCCUGGACUAAAGGAGGAGGCCAGUUGUCUGUUGACAGAAGACACCUAGUUCUGUCCUCUGGAACGCUGAGGAUUUCCAGGGUUGCCCUGCAUGACCAGGGACAGUAUGAAUGCCAGGCUGUCAACAUCAUCGGAUCCCAGCGGAUCGUUGUGUACCUGACUGUACAGCCUAGAGUGACUCCUGUAUUUGCCAGUGUUCCCAGUGACAUGACAGUGGAGGUUGGCACAAACGUGCAGAUUCCAUGCAGUGCUCAAGGAGAGCCAGAGCCAGUCAUUACAUGGAAUAAGGAUGGAGUCCAGGUUACUGAGAGUGGAAAAUUUCAUGUUAGUCCGGAGGGGUUUCUCACCAUUCGCGAUGUUGGCACAGCCGACGAAGGUCGCUAUGAGUGCGUUGCCCGCAACACCAUAGGGUACUCCUCUGUUAGUAUGGUGCUGAGUGUAAAUGUUCCUAAUGUCAGCCGAAAUGGAGAUCCUUUUGUACAAACGUCAAUUGUGGAAGCAAUUGCAACUGUUGACAGAGCAAUAAAUUCAACACGUACACAUCUGUUUGACAGUCGUCCUCGUUCUCCAAAUGAUUUGCUAGCCUUAUUUCGAUACCCAAGGGACCCAUACACUGUUGAGCAAGCAAGAGCUGGGGAAAUAUUUGAAAGGACCUUACAGCUUAUUCAAGAUCAUGUACAAGAUGGUCUAAUGGUUGACCUGAAUGGAACAAGUUAUCACUAUAAUGACCUUGUAUCCCCACAGUACUUGAAUCUGAUAGCCAAUCUCUCAGGCUGUACAGCCCAUCGGCGAGUGAACAACUGCUCCGAUAUGUGCUUCCACCAGAAGUACAGGACACACGAUGGAACAUGCAACAACCUUCAGCAUCCCAUGUGGGGCGCUUCUCUGACAGCUUUUGAACGUCUGUUAAAGUCAGUCUAUGAAAAUGGAUUUAAUUUGCCUCGGGGAAUUGAGCCCAGACGACUCUCUAAUGGCUACGCUCUCCCAAUGCCUCGCUUGGUUUCAACUACUCUGAUCGGCACGGAAACCGUAACUCCUGACGACCAGUACACUCACAUGCUCAUGCAGUGGGGUCAGUUUCUUGACCAUGACCUUGACCUCACCGUGGCUGCGCUAAGUGAGGCCAGGUUUUCAGAUGGUCAGCACUGCAGUUCUGUUUGUACCAAUGAUCCUCCAUGCUUUUCUAUCAUGAUACCACCAAACGAUCCCAGAGUUAGAAAUGGCGCACGCUGCAUGUUUUUCGUACGCUCCAGCCCAGUUUGUGGAAGCGGCAUGACAUCUCUCCUGAUGAAUUCUGUGUACCCACGAGAACAGAUCAACCAGCUGACUUCAUACAUUGAUGCAUCCAAUGUGUACGGCAGUUCAGACCACGAAGCACUAGAAAUCAGAGACUUGGCGAGUCAAAGGGGUCUUCUGAGGCAGGGCAUUGUACAGAGAUCUGGCAAGCCCCUUCUUCCAUUUGCCACUGGCCCACCAACAGAAUGUAUGAGAGAUGAGAAUGAGAGCCCAAUACCCUGCUUUUUAGCUGGCGAUCAGCGCUCUAACGAACAGUUGGGUCUUACCAGCAUCCACACAUUGUGGUUUAGAGAGCACAACAGAAUUGCCACAGAGCUACUGAAACUCAAUCCUCACUGGGAUGGUGACACAAUAUAUCAUGAAACACGCAAAAUUGUUGGUGCAGAAAUGCAACACAUAACAUUUAGCCACUGGCUCCCUAAGAUCUUUGGAGAGGUAGGCAUGAAGAUGCUUGGCGAAUAUAAGGGUUAUGAUCCCAGUGUUAAUUCUGGCAUAACUAAUGAGUUUGCAACUGCCGCUUUUAGGUUUGGUCACACACUCAUUAAUCCUUUUCUGUAUCGACUGGAUGAAAACUUUGAACCUAUUCCACAAGGCCAUCUACCUCUUCACAAGGCAUUCUUCUCUCCAUUUCGGAUUGUAAAUGAAGGAGGCAUUGAUCCACUUCUAAGGGGAUUUUUUGGUGUUGCUGGUAAGAUGCGUGUCCCCUCACAAUUACUCAAUACAGAAUUAACUGAAAGACUCUUCUCCAUGGCACGUACUGUGGCUUUAGAUCUGGCAGCUAUGAAUAUUCAGAGAGGCAGAGAUCAUGGAAUUCCUCCCUACCAUGAUUUUAGAGUUUACUGUAAUCUUUCUUCAGCUCAGACUUUUGAAGAUCUGAAAAAUGAAAUUAAGAAUCCUGAAAUCAGGGAGAAACUUAGCAGGUUGUAUGGCUCUCCACUGAACAUAGACCUAUUUCCUGCUCUAAUGGUGGAAGACUUAGUUCCAGGGAGUCGACUGGGGCCAACUCUGAUGUGUCUGUUAAGCACACAGUUCAGGCGUAUUCGGGAUGGAGACAGGUUAUGGUAUGAAAACCCGGGUGUGUUCACGCCUGCUCAGCUCACUCAGAUCAAGCAGAUAUCUCUUGCCAGAGUUUUGUGUGACAAUGGUGACAACAUAACCAGGGUACAACAUGAUGUCUUUAAGGUGGCUGAAUUCCCACAUGGAUAUAGUAGCUGUGAAGAUAUUCCUAAACUGGACCUCAGGAUGUGGCAAGAUUGCUGUGAAGACUGUAGAACCAGAGGACAGUUUAAUGCCUUUUCGUAUCACUUUCGGGGAAGACGUUCUCUUGACUACAGCUUUCAGGAGGACAAGCCCCUGAAGAAAAUGAAGAUGUCCAAAUCAGUAAGUGCUGUGAAACAGAGUAAAUAUUUUCGUAAUGCAACAUCCACAUCUAAUGAAAAUAGAAAUGUACCUGCAGUGAAUGACUUCAAAGAAUUUGUUUUGGAAAUGCAAAAAACUAUUUCAAGCCUCAGAAAUCAGAUAAAAAAACUUGAGUCACGCCUCAGUAAUUCUGAUUGCACUGAUGAAGGGGGUAAAUUAUAUUCCAGCAAUGAAACCUGGAAAAGGGACCCUUGUACUGUGUGUGAAUGCAAAGGUGGUCAGAUUACCUGUUUUGUGGAAUCGUGCCCGCCUGCUGACUGCCCAGCACCUGUGAAGGGUGAAGGAGAUUGCUGUCCAGUCUGCUCACUACAAAAUAGCAAUGAAAAGAAGCCAUAAGUCUGCUUUUUAAAAAUUUAGGGUGCAUACUCCUCAAAUCAUAUCAGUGCCUGCUGAUGGCAAAAACAGGUAACUGCAGUCCUAACAACAGCAAGAAAUCAAGAUUUACAAUAUUCUAAUGGUGCUGUAACAGUAUAACAUAUUGUAUCAUUUUAUUUUCUGCCCAUGAAGGUAAAUCACAAUGCAAAAAUUAACAAAAGGGAAAAUAGCAAACAGGUCAAAGUUAAUUGUGUGUUUUACUUCUCAGGUUAGACAAACUCAAACUGGUGCUACUUUAAAAGAACACUGUCGGGUAGUUUUAGGUACCCAAAAUGACUGGGUUUAGGAUUUACUCUAAAUUUAAGUUUCUAUCUAAGAAACUCUAAUCUAAGUUUCCUAUCUUUACUUAGCAACAUUAAAAGUUUAGUGUCCCUUUCUAGUACCAGUCUGUCUUGAUACUUAACUUUUUGCUGUUAUUUAGUAAAAUGCCAGGAAAAGGAAAACACGAGGUCACUGUGCCUGAGCAAUGCCAUAUCCAGGCCAGUUUCUGCAAACAUCAAUGCAUGGAAAUUCUGUUAAAUCACACUAUCACUGCUGGGCCUGGACCAGCGAGGAAACAGAGAAAGCUACUUGACACCUUUCAGCAUCCUUUCCUUGAUUUAAGGAGCAAAAAUAACCAAAUUUUCAGAGCAAUAAAAGCUAGAAUUAUUAAGGAAAUCUAAAUAACUGUAAUUGGAAGAAAGCAAAAGCAACUGAAUGUCUAUUAUAGAUAUAAUUGACAGUGUUCCUCAUUCUAGGGAAACCUGCAUGACAGAGUAGCAUUUGAUCUUAAAAAUUAGCAGAAUCCUUUUUGUCAAAACAUUUAUAAUUGCUUGAUGACAUUUUAUGGUUUUUUGUUUCAUUUAUUUUAAAUUUUGUAACAUAACCAUCCAGGUCAGUUUGAAAGCAUGCUUCUCUUUGUCUCAGAUCAGCUCAUGUAAUUGUAUGGCCCUGUUUUGAAAAUGUGAAAAGAUGUCAGAUGCCAUUUGUAUACAAUGAUUCCUACUGAUUCAUUGUGCUUGUUGUCAAUAGACAUAUGUUCCUGAUUAUAUUGUGGCACUGUUGAAAAAAGGAAAAAUCAAAAUCAAGCAACAUGAUUAAUUGUGGAUUGACUACUUUUUCUGACAAGGUGUUUGAUUUUUUUUCCCAGUUUCAUCUAAUGAAUAUAUAUAUUUACCUCAAUAUUUUUCUCAUUCCUGUUAAAAAUGGUCCGUCGGUGGACUUCAUCUCCCAUUUCAAUGUUUAACAUUAUAAAGUAAAUGUCUAUGCAUUUCAAAGUUGUGUAAUUUAUAGGAUGCAAACUUUGUGGUUUUGACCAGGAAUUAGAUUGAGUGAAGGACAACUAUCAUACCUCAUUUUACAGUUUUUAUUCUGUUUAUUCAGAAUUGAUUAUUUCCCUGAAUACUUAAUUUGUUAGAGGUUAUUGCCCUGUCCUUUAGUCCAAAGCCAAGACUCGCUAGAACCAGAACUGGUUACAUGGUUCACUGACUUCUGAGUUUAAGUGUUGAAAUUCAAGGGACAGUGAUUGGGGUAUCAAGGAAAUCUGCACAAAAAUUAAACCUUCAUAUGUUAAGUAUUUCAGAUUAUGCAAACAGACUGAGUACUUAAUUAUUGCAUGGUAGAACAAAUACCUGUCUAAUAACUAACCUAACACAGCAAUAUGAAAUCCACUAUCAUAUUUUGGCACAUAAUUUCUCUGAUUACUAACAUUAAUAAUUUCUAAUUUGAUAAAAUAUUACCAUGACACACAUUCAAACUUUGGUGUAACUUUAAACUUACUACAAAAACUUUGUUUCAUACUAUGGUAGAAUCAAUAUGUACAUGUGAGUGCUGUGUUAAAGGUGUGUGGUACACAUGGAAUUGCAAUUUAUAUUUUUAAGAAUAUUUUAAUUGAUUUUAUAUGCAAUGUUUUGAUUUAUGUAAUAUUCUUUGUUAAUACUUCUAGAAAUUGUGUGGCGAGCAUGUUUGAGUAUCACAUGGUUCCUAAAGAUUGUCAUUCCUGUAUUCCUUUGAUACUCUGUGUUUUGUUGACUUUUCUUGAGAGUCCAAACCACAUGUCUCGUCCUGUAAUUCCAGCUCAGAUGGAGCUCUCAUUGACUAUAGCAGAAAUUCCUCAAAGAGGAAGGGUUGCUAAACCAAAUCCAGUUUAACUGUCCAAACAGUUAAAUAGGGCAGUAAUACAUCCAGCUGGUUACUACUUGCAUUCUUUCUUUUCAAUUUUAUAUAAAAUAAAUUCUCUCAAGAUUUCUGCUUAUAGGAGAAGAGAGUUUCCAUUUUAUACUUUAUAAAAUAGUACCUUAUAUCUGACUGUUCCUUUUCUCCAGCCUCCAAAGUGGGAGGUUUUCUUCGUUGUUCACUGUUUAUUCAUAUGGUAUAUAAAAUGGGCUUAGGAGUCUGGAUAUGCUUAAACAAAUGUAACAAGUCUAAUUUUGAGUUAUUUUCCACCAUCUGUCUGUUUAUAAACCAGGAAAAAACAGGUCUUUAUCCACAUUGUAAAAUGUAAUCAGCCAUGGAUUGUACUAGUUCAGUUUUAUUGCAGUGUCUUUAGAAUCAGCCUUGACUUUAACAUUUCUGAAACAGUGGCCAAUGGCUAGCUGACCAUUUGCUCAGUAUCCACUGUGAGAAUAUUGCUGUAAUAUGAUGCAAAUUUGACAUAUUUAUUUUCUUUUUUUAAUGUUACCUGAAACAAAGUUGUUGUUGUUGUUAUUUUAAUCAGUAAAUUUACCAAAGAACUGUUUGCACUGUAUAAUGAAUGCUUUACAGUUAAAAUAAAAUGGGCCACAUUUCCAAGUAAA